UUGAAACGCCCGCAUUCUGUAAUUCAUGGCUACUUCAAAGCUCUUCCACCGCCUCCGUCGCUCUCCCGCCCCUUCCCUUGUUCCCAUUCUCUCGAGCGCGCGUCUCUCUAACCUCCUUCCCAGCCCUAUCCCUGUCCCCAGCUCCCCAGCUCCCCACCCUUCUCACCCUCGCAAUCCUCGUUUCCUCCCGCCCCUGAACCCAAUCGCUUCUUUCCACCUCUUCCACUCCCGACCUUUCUCCUCUCAUUUACCAGAUGACUCUGAGCUCGGGCGACUCGGUGGUGACCCGGGUACUGAGGCAGCGACCGAAUUGGAGCUUAUAAAUGCAGGACUUGGUAAAGUAACGGAGGCAGAGCUUAAUGUUACUGUCGACGAUUCCAUUCUUCCGGUUCAUUGGGUGAUUUCGAUGCUCGAUGGCUACCACGAUCUCACUGGAUUCCCUUGGUGGAUAGUUAUUGCUUCCUCCACUCUGGCUCUCAGAGUUGCACUGUUCCCAGUACUGAUUUUUCAACUUAACAAGUUGAAAAAGAUUGCAGAGUUAUUCCCGAAGUUGCCUCCUCCAUUGCCACCACCUCUCUCUGGAAGGAGUUAUAUUGAUCAAUUUUCACUCUUUCGUAAGGAAAAAAGAGCAAGUGGAUGCCCUUCAUUUUUGUGGUUCCUUGCAUACUCCUGCAUCCAGAUACCAUGCUUUCUCUUGUGGAUGACUACUAUUCGGAGAAUGUCACUGGAUCAGCAUCCUGGUUUUGAUUGUGGUGGUGCUUUAUGGUUUCAGAACUUGACUGAAUUCCCUCACGGUGUUUCAGGCCCCAUCUUUCCUCUGUUAAUUGCUGGCUUGCACUAUAUUAAUAUUCAGGUUUCUUUGGGGACAUCUUCAGUUGGAAAAGGAAAUGGCUUGUUUGGCUUGAUGGCAAAAUACUACAAAUUCUGCUUGGAGUUUUUUUCUCUGCCUUUAUUUUUUAUUGGUUACUGUAUCCCUCAGGGGAGUCUAGUCUAUUGGGUUACCAAUAGUUCAUUAAGUGUCAUUCAGCAAUUAUCUCUCAGCCAUCCGGCUGUACGUGCAAAAUUGGGGUUACCAGACAAGGGUGCUCCAACUGUUGAUCCUGAAAUAACACCCAUAGAUUCUCCAAUAAAGCAGGGAAAAGUUUCUGUACAGAGCUUAUCCCCUAAAGAACUGCUUGCUCUCUCAGUUAAGCUCUUAGCAAAAGGGCAAAAAGAAAGUGCGAUUCCUUUGCUACGGAUGGCACUUGACAAGGAUCCUGAAUACACGAGAGCUAUGAUCGUUAUGGGGCAGACGCUAUUGCAAAAUGGACAGCUUGUAGAGGCUACUGGAUACUUAGAGGGUGCCAUUUCCAAGCUCAUCCUUGCUGGUGAUCCAACAAGUGUGGAGGAUGUUGAUCUUUUAAUUCUUUCAUCUCAGUGGGCUGGUGUUGCUUGUACACGGCAGGGGAAGAAAGCAGAAGGAAUCGUACACCUGGAGAGAGUUGCAAGUAUGAAAGAACCCGAGGAACCAACGUGCAAAGCUCAUUAUUUUGAUGGUUUGGUAUUGCUUGCAAGUGCUUUAUAUAACGAAGGUCGGAAAACUGAAGCUGCAAAGUAUCUGCGCUUGGCUGCUGCUUAUAAUCCUGCUUACAAUGAAUACUUGGAACAGUGUGAAAAUGACGAGGACAAUUUUGUUAGUGAUCUCGUCAGCAGCAGGAGGGGAGAUUAUUGAUCACAAUUUUUUUUUUUUUAAAUUUUUAUGGCGCAACGAAAACAUUUUUUUAUUGUUAUUAGUUUGAUUCUGAUUAAAUUGUAUAUGCGAAUAAGCAUAAAUUUUUACUGCGAUUCAUUGUAAUAAUGUCUUUUGAAAUAGUAAGGUCUCAAAAAUCAA